AGUGAAACGAAGAAUGGAAGAGGGAAAAAGGUUCUUUGUGGCGGUUCACGUCGGCGCCGGCUACCACUCUCCUUCCAACGACAAAGCCCUUAGAUCCGCCAUGAACCGUGCUUGCCUCGCCGCUGCUUCCGUUCUCUCCAACGGUUCAGGAUUGUGCUUAGAUGCUGUGGUAGCCGCCAUUCAAGUGUUGGAGGAUGAUCCAAACACCAACGCUGGCAGAGGCUCCAAUUUGACGGAGGACGGUGGCGUCGAAUGCGAUGCCAGCAUUAUGGACGGAAAAUCUGGUGCCUUUGGUGCUGUUGGAGCAGUGCCAGACCAGGUGUUCAAAAUGCUAUUCAAAUUGCUGCUUUAUUGGCCAAAGAGCAAAUGAUGGGAUCUCCAUUGUUGGGUCGAAUUCCUCCAAUCUUCUUAGGGGGUGAUGGGGCUCGCAAAUGGGCUAAGUCUAAGGACAUUGCUUUGCCACCAAGUAUACAUGAGGCCAAUGAGUGGCUGGUCACAGAAAGGGCAAAAGCACAAUGGAUAAAAUACAAGUCCAUGGUUGAAAAUGCUGCUAGAUCUAAGACAGAUAACACUCCUGAGGGUGACCCUUCUGCCUGUCAAAAUACUGCAAUGCCAGGUGCAGUUUGUGCUCCGGAAGAUCGCAUAAUGGACACGGUUGGGGUUAUUUGUGUAGACAAUGAGGGGCAUGUAGCAUCCGGAGCCUCCAGUGGUGGCAUUGCUCUAAAGGUUAGUGGAAGAGUUGGGUUGGCAGCAAUGUAUGGUUCAGGUUGUUGGGCAUCAUCAAAAGGUCCCUUUGGUGCUUCAUUCAUGGCUGGUUGUUGCGUAUCUGGGGCAGGGGAGCACCUAAUGAAAGGAUUUGCAGCUAGGGAGUGCUGUGUUUCAUUGUCACUCUCACAGUCUGGUGCUGCCUCUGCUUGCACAAAAAUUUUACGCUCUGUUAUUGAGGAUGGAAUUCGAUGUGGUACUGAUAGCAGUGCAGGGAUCUUGGUUGUGCAGUCAGAUGCCUCUAUAACAGAUCAAGGAAAAUCAUCAAGGCUGAAAGCUGUAGAGAUUGCUGCUGCUUAUACUUCGUUGUCUUUUGGAGUAGGAUAUUUUGGAAGCUCUAUGGAACGUCCCAAGGUUUCAAUUCUCAGGAGUACAAAACAACAAAGCAGGACUGCGAUAGAUCAAUUCGGAGCACGAAUAGAUCUUUCAAAUAAAUAGUUGUGACCACUGAUCGAAUUUCGCUGGUGCUGAGAGUUCAAAUUCGUGACACACAACAAAAUUACAUAAUUAAGACUGCUUGAUAUUCCCUUGAAUUUCUUAUUUAUUGCGCUGUGUGUUGGGGAAGGACUGAAUAUGUAAUUGCACCGGUGCAAAACGAGUCUAUAUCCAGUCUAAAUCAACAAAUUUUAGAUAGGCUGGAACAUUUUGGUUAGAAUAGAUAUAAGAUUCGUUUUGGAUUGUUAGGGAAUGGUCUUUAGUUUUGUGGAUUGAAUCACAUUGAACUUCAUCAGUUUCCAUGUUUGGUAUAUUUAGCUGUUUCCAGCAUUUUCAAAGUUUCCCAGUAGUAGUCUGUGAAAGGAGCAUUCAGUGGAAGCAAUACACAAAUGAAAUUAGAAAUAGUGUCUAGUAAACGCCUGAGGGAUAAUUUGUAGCAAGUUUGGAAGGGGAUGGAGGAAAUAUGCCUUGUAGUUGUUGGGCAUCUUCUGAAAAUUUUCGUCUUCAAAAUGAAACUGAAAAUGCUUU